AUGGAGAUUGCGUGGCACAAUAUAGACCCUAGUCGGCACUACCAGUUCACCGAUGAGCCAGGAUACUUUUGUCCUUCUUCGCCCAUCAUCAGCCGCCAGGAGAUUGAGGAAGGCAUUGAAGACGAGAUUACACACGCUUGCACGAUGCUUGUUCACGAUAUCAACCAAGAACUACCAAUAUUACCAUCUCUCGACACAGCACCAGGUCCAGGCAGUGGCAGUGCUAGCAUGGCCCGAGCCUCAAGUGAAAUACAUCCUGAAAUCCAGGACGAAGUGACCGAUGUUUCACCCCAAAUGACAGCUGCAAAGGAAUUUGCCGCUUGCAAGCCUGUGCAUGACUCGGGUGUUGCUUUUAGCGCCCAAUCGUCAAGAUGGGGCCAACCCGGUCAAGACAGCAUAUCAGGUACCGGUGCUUCAGCCAGAGCAGGAAGAUUUUACGGCCGAUGCAAUCCCCCCCAAGAGCAAAACGAAACGGGUCGCCAGCGUGGACGAAGCGUCGCCACAGAAGCCAAGUCACUGCGCUCUCGAUCUCGAUCUCGCGCGUCCAGCUUCGACAUGUUUCCGUAUAGUCCUCCUCAAUCAUCCGCACCAUGGUCCCACAAUAUCAAAAGAGACCUCGCACCCUCCGCAGACCUCUUUCCAGAGCCAGAGUCCCUCCUCGGCGCUGAGGGUAUGGCUUGGCUCCACGCUAGCGACGAUAUGCACCGCCUCGGUGACAAAAUCAGUUCAUCCCACGGUGACGAACACGUUGGCCUUACAAGCCUCCUUCACUCAGGGCCCGGCCCACGACGUUUCUACAGUACCCGCCAACUACCAUCAGAAAAGGCCUUCGGCCCGCACGAAUCAUCUUAUGAGCUCCACGGCAACCUUUCCGUACGCAGUCUUUCCUUCGACCGCGAUCUUCACAACCCCCAUUCAACACAAACGUACAACACACAACCUCUCUACUCGUUCGUCCUCGCGCCGGGCGCAAACGAGCCUCCUCGUCACAAACGCAAGAGGGCCUCCGAACUUUUCAAAAAGCUAGCUGGACUAGGCAUGCGGCGCAAAGACGACCCGGUCGACUGCCGAAGCCCAAUGGUUGCUGCUGUGUGA